CUUGUGUUUUUUUCAGUCUGUCUGCCGGUGCUUUCAGCUGAUCGCAAUUUGUUGUGAAUGGUCGUGUUUUCCUGUCCGGAUCUUGUGAAACAUAUUGUAAUUCAACUGGAGCAAAAUGACAGCUUCUCAAGUAAGGCAGAAUUUUCACAAAGACUGCGAGGAUGCUAUUAAUAAGCAAAUUAAUAUGGAACUGUUCGCGAGUUAUUCGUAUUUGUCUCUGGCCUUCUAUUUCAACAGGGACGACGUAGCCUUACAAGGCCACUACAAAUACUUCAAAGAAGCCUCCGAAGAGGAGAGGGAGCACGCCUACAAACUGAUGGAGUACAUGAACAAGAGAGGAGGCAGGAUCAUUCUUACCGAGAUCUCAGCCCCAAAUAAACAAGAAUGGGGCACGUCCAUAGAGGCCAUGCACGCCGCCUUAGAACUGGAGAAAACAGUAAACGAAAGCCUACUAAACCUGCAUAGCGUUGCCUCGGGCCAUAUGGACGUGAAUUUGUGCGACUUUUUGGAGACCAACUACCUUCAGGAGCAAGUGGACGCCAUCAAGGAAAUCGCAGACCACGUGACCAACCUGAAAAGAGUCGGUGAAGGUCUGGGUGUGUAUCUGUUCGACCAAAAACUCACAGAGUCUUAAUUUUGGUUGACGCAGAAAUAAUUCUACGCCUAUUCUAUGAGAAAAACAAAUAAAUUAUCGUUCAAUUACUAUAUAUUUAGGAAACCACUUAAACACUUACAUCAUUUACGCUUAAAUAUGUACUUGUAACCAGCUAAAAUAUUAUUCAACAUAUGCUAAAAUUGUUAGGACCGACGAAACUAUUAAUGGGCUAAGUGUUUUUUAUUGUGAUAUAUUUAAUAUUUU